AUGAAGAGAAAAAGUUUUAAAUGUAAAACGCGGUAUUACAGAUUAAAAGACAAGCAUUUAAAAGAACAGAAAGAAAAAAUGAGUCCGAAGUCAAAUGUGAAGAGAGAAUUGAAUGGUAAAAAUGUACCGCUAGAACUUAAAAAAAAAUUACUAUCUGCAGUGGCGUUAAAAACUACUAGAAAUAAAUUUCAAAGCAAGAGUCACAAGCAAAAACGAGAGUUUAUGAGAUGUGUCACAGGAAAUACUACAAAGAAAUAUAGAUGUUUUAAUGACAUGAGAAACAUAGGAUCUUAUAAAUUAUUUUCUCUGAAAGGUCUGAAAUCCACUAAAAGAGUUGACAUUGCUAAAGAGAUUAGGCAUGUAAUUCAAAAGUUUUACCAAAAAGGCGAAAACAGCAGUGUAGCUCCUGGUAAGAAAGAUUCAAUCACUUUUCAUCAAAUAAAGAAACAAAAAAGGUUUCUUAAUGAUACCAUGAAAAACUUGUAUUAUAAGUUUUCCCGUGAAGAAAAACGCUUUAAUGUCUCCUAUGCACUUUUUUGUCAACAUAUGCCCUUUUGGGUCUUAAUACCAAAAGCCUCAUUAAGAGAGACCUGUCUCUGUGUUUUUCAUGAAAAUAUGAGACUUUUAGUAUUAAAAAUGAAAAUGAUAGGAAUAGUAACGCAAGCUAAUCCUGACGACGUAAAAAAUGUAUGUUGUGAGCCAGCAACAAAACAUUGUUUGGAAAGAGUAUGCCAGAAUUGUAAAACCAAAACUAUACGCUAUGACGAUUAUAAUGCAGAAGAAAAUACCUGCUACAAAAAGUGGAUUCUAAAACGUGAAAAGCUUCUCGUAAAAGGUCUUGAAAAAGUUUGUCAAAAAAAUGUUAAAGAGAAUUUCCUUUGCACCAAGUCCCAUUUAGUAAUCGAACUGGAAAAAAAUCUGCCCAAUUACAUGGAACACCUUGCUAAAAUAGAACACCAGCAUAAAGCCAUAGAUUAUAUUAAAUGGAUUUCUCAGAAAAUUACUCCUGUAAAUAUUCUCAAGAAAUACAAAGUGCCCAUUUUGGGGGCUCGAAACCUCAGAUUUCCCUUCACACUGUGGUGUGGUAUACUAAAUCUGAGGAUGGAAUCUUACUUUUCCAUUGCUUUUGCAGUCUCUCCAAAAGUUUAA